CCGUGCUGAAAUGGCAGGGCGGAAGUAGCAAACAAGUGUCCCGGAAGAAAACUCUAAGCGGAAGUUUAAAAAAAAGGGGAGGGGGUUGUUCGUCAGUAUAUUGGUCCGAUUUUUCUGGUCCAAAUUAUUUCUUAUUUCGUCUCUUUCCAGCCCGCUACGUGUAGGGGUUGGUUCCCGGCCAGGCUAUGGCAAACCGGACAGUAAAAGACGCGCACAGCAUUCACGGUACCAACCCGCAAUACCUGGUAGAAAAGAUCAUCCGCACUCGCAUCUACGAGUCCAAGUACUGGAAGGAGGAAUGUUUCGGCCUUACUGCUGAACUGGUUGUGGAUAAAGCUAUGGAACUGAGAUUCAUCGGAGGAGUUUAUGGUGGAAAUAUCAAGCCUACACCAUUCCUGUGUUUGACUCUAAAGAUGCUACAGAUACAGCCUGAAAAAGACAUCAUUGUUGAAUUUAUAAAGAAUGAAGACUUUAAGUAUGUGAGAUUACUUGGUGCACUAUAUAUGAGACUGACUGGCACAGCCAUAGACUGCUACAAAUACCUUGAACCUCUGUACAAUGAUUAUCGAAAAAUAAAAAGCCAAAACAGAAAUGGGGAGUUUGAGCUAAUGCACGUGGAUGAGUUUAUUGAUCAACUACUCCAUGACGAGCGCAUGUGUGAUAUCAUUUUACCUAGACUACAGAAACGAUAUGUCUUAGAAGAGGCUGAACAAUUGGAACCUCGGAUUAGUGCUUUGGAAGAAGAUAUGGAUGAUGUGGAGUCUAGUGAGGAUGAAGAAGAGGAGGAUGAUAAGAUGGAGAGAGCUCCCUCACCCGAUCACAGGAGAAGAGGUUACAGGGAUCUAGACAAACCUCGUAGAUCUCCAACACUGCGGUACAGGAGAAGCCGAAGCAGAUCUCCUAGACGGCGAAGUCGAUCUCCAAAGCGAAGAAGUCCCUCGCCACGCCGGGAAAGGCAUCGCAGUAAGAGCCCAAGGCGGCACCGAAGCAGAUCUAGGGAAAGACGCCACAGAUCAAGAUCCAAGUCUCCAGGGCAUCAUCGUAGUCACAGACAUCGUAGUCAUUCCAAGUCCCCAGAAAGGUCUAAAAAAAGCCACAAGAAGAGUCGUCGUGGAAACGAAUGACCAAGAUAGUUCAAGAAUUUGAACCAUUACUUUUCUUGUAGAUAUGGAAUGGCAAAAUGGGUAGUAGCUGCUGUGGCAGCUAGUAAUUUUCUUAUAUUUACAGUGGCUUGGACAAUAUUUUUCCCCCAUCUUUAACUUGAUGAAGAAGUUAUUUCAGUGUAUAUUCUGUUCAUAUCUAUUUGUCCUACAAAGAAGGCAUUGUUAAGCUGGGAGGAAUGUGGUUUUAAGUUCUUUUGAAAGCCAGUCUUAACUGGCAAAAUGAAUUUUUAAAUUUAAGGGCAAGACCUGUUAUUAAAGUCUUGCCUGUUUACAGUUGUACAAUGUUUGGUCUGAUUUUUAUGCAACUCCUAAUCUUAGAAAAACUGUCAAAGAUGCCAGUAAUUCUGUAAGGAACUAUUAAGUGUGGUAUAGGCACACUAUAAUUUCUUAAGAGAAUCUUUUAAUAUACAACCUACAGUAUA